UUCCUUCAAUUAAUAAAUCACUUCUAAAAUAACGUUUUUAAAAAACGCACUCUGGGGAGAGCUUUGGAGCUGCAAGACUGGCUUGGGACGCGGAAUUCUGCUGAAAAUCGAAUCGAAUUUCUAAAUAUAAGCCACCCACAAGCUUUGUAUUAAGCGAGUCCUUUUUAAGUGAAGGGCAAGAGAAAAACGAAGGGAUAUCCAAGCUGCCUAUUUCAAUUUGCAAUAUAUUACAGAGUUUCAAUUUGCCAAUUUCAAUUUGCAAUAUAUUACAGAGUUUCAAUUUGCCAAUUUCAAUUUGCAAUAUAGUACAGAGUUUCAAUUCGCAAUAUACUACAGAGGUUCAUCAAUGGUGGGAGUCAUGUGUCUCCCUGGACCAAAGCCUGGCAAUCUUCUUGCUGGUCUAUCACCGUCUUUGGCUUCUUUUAUCCAGCAUCUACCGCCGUCUAAUAAUUCACCAUUAAUAUUACACGAGGGUAAGGAGGCACACAUGGUUAACACAUCUUCAUCUUUGACAUCAUUCAUUCAUGAGUUACCUAUUGUUAAUGGACCUUUACCAAAUGUGGACAAGGUAAUUUCUGCAUUAUUACAUGGUGACAUUUCAUUUCAUAAGAGUGGACUUUCAUCAACUUCUAGGAGGGCAAAUUCUUCAACAAUGAAGUCAUUCCAAACAAGCCAUUUGCUAAAAAGAAAGCAAGAUGAUGAUGACAAAGAAGAGGUCGUUUGUAAAAAAUCGAUGAUGGAUAUAUUUAAGUUGCGACAAAUAAGGAAGCUUAAGCUUCAAGCCAUGACAACCAAUCAAAAUCAAAGUGGAACUACUUCUCGUACUACUUCUGGAACUACUACUUCUCAUACUAGUUCUGUUCACAGUUAAUAACCUUAAACAAAUUUUGACAUUGCAAAAAUAACAUAAAAGAUUAUUGCAUGUCAUUUGUUGUACAACAAUUUUAUGUAACAAAGAGAAGCAUUUGCUAUUUGUUCUUGACAAUA